ACUCGGCAGUUCAAGUGUGCGCAAUUGAGUUGAGUCAUUACUAAAAAAUGCCUCGCGUUAGUAAAAUAUUUUGGAGAUCCUUGUCUCUUUCUGAAAUAAGUUGAUUCGUGAAUGAUUUGUUGAAUGAAAAGCGAUGAGAUAUUUUGAAAACUCUAAGUGAAAGCUAACCAAGCAAUUCGUGCAAUACACGAUGCUAUUGCUAAGUAUUAUUUCAAACUUUAUAACCCAUGAUAUGAUGACAGACAGUGGACACUGAAGUAAAGUGUGGUGAACAUUACUAAUGUGUGGUUUAGGACUAGAGACAUGAAGUAGGGAAAAUAAUGUUCUUAAAGUGUAACUGCGGGCUCAAUAGCUGCGUGCGCAGCAUCUUCGUAAGCAUCUCAUUUUAUCGAAAAAAAAUUGUGUAAAUGAAAAUUAUUUUUUUGGCUAUGGAAAAUGACUUUUCAAGAUACGAAUAAGCAAAGGGUUCUCCGAGCUGACCAGCUUGACGUCAUUUCAUAUGAUGAAUAUAUUCUUUCCAUAUUUAAAUCUGAUUUAACUAAAUGUUUUAAAUAUUUCCAGGCAGGUCUUCUUACAAGGUUUGAUCCUGAGCUAAAAGCUAUUUUAAGAAUCAUUAUUUGGAAGUAUUCUGUUUUAUUAAGUGAUGCAACUCUCUCCCAGAAAAUGCUUGAUAUUUUGUACAAAACAUCCAAAAACAAUGGCAUUCUUACCACCAAACGUAAGGCGAUUUUUGGACUUGGAUUAAUUGGAGUUGCUUGGUUAUCUGAGAGAUCUUAUGACCUGAAACACACUUUAAUGAACUUUGGAUUCAAUGUGAACAAGAUUUGGAAAAUGAUAAACUUUCUCACAAUUGUGCAUAAAAUCUUGGAGCUAGUGAAUUUCAUUGUGUUUUUACGAGAUGCUAGGUAUCGUUCUGUUUGGGAUCGCAUUUUGGGCAUUUAUUCAGUUUUUUCUCGCAAACAAGCACCAAGAGUGGUGUAUUUUGAGUAUAUGAACGAAGACAUUUUACGGAGUGGACUGGCAGAAUUGCUGUUCUGUGUCUUGCCAAUGGUUAAUAUUCCUCGAUUACGAAAUAUUCUUUUACGAUUGAUGUGGAAGAAAUCAUCUGCAAUAAAUGAUGGAAAAACUGUAUCAAAUUUUGAGUGUGGAAUUUGUGGUGAUUUACCGACUAAUGUUCACCAGACAGAUUGCGGGCACAUUUUUUGUUACACGUGUAUUAAGGCUAAUUUGAUGGCAGAUCCCUCAUUUUUUUGUCCACUUUGUGGCGAAGCAAUCCACGAUGUGGAGCCAGCCUCAGCUUGAG